AAUAAUUAGAAGCUAGAAUUUAAUAUUACGAAUUGCAGGGGGUUGGAGCCUAUCCCAGCUACUUGGGGCAAGAGGCAGGGACACCCAGCACAGGUCGCAAGUCCUUCACAGGACACAUAUCGACAGUAAACACACCGAAAACGCCAACAGCUACAGAUGGUUUUGGACUGAGGGAAGGAAAACUUCUUGAUCUUUGUCUCCCUGCAUUUGCCCCCUGGGCAUCCUCUAUCUUUAUCUUCUCUUUGUUCCGACAUUUCGUACAUUCCAUGUCCGGCUCUCCAUGAGCAUCAAACUUUUCCCAACUGAUGUAUUUGUUUCUAAUCUUGUCCUUUCCAAUGAAAACAGCCCGGCACUGUCUUCUUCACUUCCCUUUGACCUGUUUUUAUCACCUCUAAUUCCUGCGUCCUCUCUCAUCCUCUGGUCCCUGAAGAAAGAUGAACAAAUUUAAAGCAUUGACAAUAAUUCUAGUGAAUUCAGAUCUUAUUAACCACAAUAAUAUGUAUAAUAAUUCAAUUAAUGUUUAUAUGUAUAAAUGUGCUUAGAUUGAUAUGGAUUCAAAACCUGACUUUGACAUGUAUUUUUUCCAUUUAGUUAUGGAUGAGAGGUGUCUGAAUGCUUGGGACAUUCUCAGGACCGCCAUCCAGGAGAUACAGACCCAUAAGAACAACAAUGGGCUCAUUUUUGAUGAUUUGUAUCGGAACACUUACACAAUUGUCCGCUACAAACACGGAGAGAAGCUCUACGCGGGCUUGGAGGAGGUGGUCACGGAGCAUCUCAUCAACAAAGUUCGGGAAGACAUCCUCAACUCUAUAAACAAUAAUUUUCUUCACACACUGGUUCAAGCAUGGAACGACCACACGACUGCCAUGGUCCUCAUCAAAGACAUCCUCAUGUACCUGGACAAAGUCUUUUUGGAGCAAGGCAACAAUCACAAUGUGUACAACCUCGGCCUCAGCAUCUUCAAAGUGCAGGUGAUCAACUACAGCAUUAUACAAGAUCACUUACAAGCCACUCUUCUCGACAUGAUCUUGCGAGAACGGCGAGGAGAAGCUGUCGACAGGGGCUCCAUAAGAAACACCUGUCACAUGCUGAAGGUUCUCGGCCUGGAGAGCAGAUCUGUUUAUGAAGAAUGUUUUGAGAUGCCCUACUUAGUGAAAUCCGAAGAAUUCUAUCAGCUGGAAAGUCAAAGCCUCCUCCCAGAAUGCAGUGCCAUCAUCUACAUUAAGAAAGUGGAGGCCAGGAUCCAGGAGGAGAUCGACAGAGUGACGCACUGUUUGGAUCAGAUGACAGAGGAGCUCGUCGUGAAGGUCGUGGAGAACGAGAUGAUUUAUAAGCACAUGAAGACCAUAGUUGAAAUGGAGGACUCAGGACUCGUCCACAUGCUGAAGAAUGGACUAAUGGAAGAAAUGAGAGACAUGUUCAACAUGUUCUGCCGUGUGCCUGAUGGCCGUAAAACCAUGUGUGACUGUCUGAGUCCCUACCUGAGGGAGCAGGGGAAGGCCAUCAUGUCGGAGGACUGCAAGAGCAAGAACCCAGUUGAACUAAUUCAGGGGUUGCUCGACCUGAAGACAAAAUUUGACACCUUCCUCUUCGGGUCCUUCAACAACGACAAGAUUUUUAAACAAACCAUCGCCGGAGAUUUUGAGUUUUUCCUCAACCUCAACUCCCGCUCCCCAGAGUACCUUUCUCUUUUCAUCGAUGAUAAACUUAAAAAGGGGGUGAAAGGGUCUGCAGAACAGGAGCUGGAGUCUAUUUUUGACAAGUCAGUCGUGUUGUUCAGGUUCCUGCAGGAGAAGGACGUGUUCGAACGAUACUACCGUCAGCAUCUAGCCCGCAGACUCCUCAGCAACAGGAGUGUGUCGGACGACCCGGAGAAGAGCAUGUUGCUUCGACUCAAGACGGAAUGUGGGUGCCAGUUUACGUCCAAACUGGAGGGGAUGUUUCGAGACAUGUGCGUCUCCGUCACAACCAUGGACGAGUUCAGGCAGCAUAUUCAGUCCACAUCAACGUCACUCAGCGGUGUAGAUCUCACAGUCAGAGUUCUCACAACUGGUUUCUGGCCGGUGCAGUUGGCCACGCCGAGGUGCAACAUCCACUCUUCUCCUCGACACGCGUUUGAAGUGUUCAGGAUGUUUUAUCUGGCCAAACACAGCGGACGGCGGCUCACCCUGCAGCAUCAUAUGGGUAGCGCAGAUUUAAAUGCAAUGUUCUAUGGAGUCGUAGUGAAGGAGGACGGUUCUGAUGUGGGUGUGGGAGGCGCCCAGGUGACAGGCAACAACACCCGCAAGCACAUUCUGCAGGUCUCCACUUUCCACAUGACCAUCCUCAUGCUCUUCAACAACAGAGACAAGUGGACGUUUGAGGAGAUCCAGCAAGAGACGGACAUCCCAGAGCGGGAGUUGGUGCGAGCGCUUCAGUCUUUGGCGUGUGGGAAACAGACACAGAGAGUUCUCAUCAAAGAGCCCAGGUCCAAAGAGGUUGAGAAGGAUCAUGAGUUCACAGUCAAUGACCAGUUUGCCUCUAAACUGCACAGAGUCAAGAUACUAACUGUGGCUUCUAAACAUGGAGAAACAGAUGUGGAAUUAAGGGAGACGCGACAUAAAGUGGACGACGACAGGAAGCACGAGAUCGAAGCGGCAAUCGUGCGAAUCAUGAAGUCAAGGAAGAAGAUGCAUCACAAUGUUCUGGUUGCAGAGGUCACACAGCAGCUAAAGGGACGUUUCCAACCCAGCCCCGUGUUCAUCAAAACACGGAUUGAAGGACUGAUAGAGAGAGAGUACAUGGAGAGGACUCCGGAGGACCUCAGAGUGUACAACUAUGUUUUAUAGAGUCAAAAUGUACACGCUGGAUCUGAGGUCUCUUUUUGAACCAGGAAGGAACCAGCUGCUUUGUGUUUACCUCACACGCAGACACUCAGGAGGCCACAAGACUGGCCCGUAACUGCUGACUUUCAGUGGCCACAGCCUUUCCUUCGUCUGUGUCUGCAUGGGUUUCCUCCGGGAACUCCGGUUUGCCCCUACAGACCAAAAACAUGCAGGUAAAGAGGCUGUGACGUCCAGGAGAGUCAGAGCGUGUCUCAGCUUGAUCAAACGUCAAAGGGGAAGACAGGAAAAUGUUCUCUUGUUCAGCACUCCGACAUGACCCUGGAAAAAAAAGAAUGCUGAGUAUUUGUGUUUUACUCAAACACAGCAGACGUUCAAAGAAGCGUGGGUUUUCUCCGGGGACUCCGGUUUUCUCCUACGACCAGAAAACCAACCUGCAAGCGGAUAAAUGGUGUGAAAUCUUUUUUCAUUGCAAGCAGUGAACCUCCAGCUUUUAUCACCCCAAAUUCAAUCAUCCUAAAAUGAAAUAUAUACUUGAGUUUCACCUUGUCGGGAUCAAAUUUAAAAUGAGGAAAAAUGAAAAAUGAAUAUUGAAAAGAUGUCAAACGUGAAUGGGCAAUGAGAUGAAAUAAAAAGUUGAUGUAAAUAGUAGUUACCUGAAGGCAACCUAAGCUCUACGAAUCCAGGUGCGUCACUCACCCGUUUCGCUUAUAUUAGCGACAAAUGGGGGGUCCACACAAACCCUCCAAAGAACACUCAAAAUGAAAAUGAGGACAGUGCUACAGUUUUCGAACGUCCCCGAAUUCAAACAAAUCGGGAGUUCGAAAAAAUUUUGAGAUUUUUUUCCUUCGGAUUUUGAACGAAAAUCCAGAACUCGAAUGCCCCCGAAAAAAGCCGGAAAAACCAUAACGUGCGCGGACCGAUCAGCUGACCCACGACGCACUUUGUUAUUGUGUAUAACGCAGCCUCUGUAUGCAGACGUGUCCCGUUAGCUACAUUUACUGGCUGAUUUUUCUUCAUAUUGAGGUGUAAAACCUUUCCUGUCUCCGCACUGGACCGUGGUAGAGUGUCACAGAGCUUGCAGAAAAAACUAAUGUUUUCCCAGACAAGAAUGUCUACAGGUAUUUGGUGGUGUAGGUGACAAAUACGAGCAACCAUGUGAGCAUGCACCACUGGUCUCUUUAAGUCUGCCUGAAUUAAAAAAAAAACAAACAAGAUGAACGUGGUCAACUAAAACAGUUGAGCAAAUCGGAAAAAAAGUCAAAAUUAUGAGCGAGAUGGGGCUGAGGAGUUGUUUGUUGUAGCUGCUAAUACAUCAAUAUGGGGUCUGCUAUAUUUAAUAGCUACAUUCUUCACAAAAAAAAAAGAAAAAAUACCUGAUUCUGAACAUGACCGGAAACUCUCCCAAGCUUCUCUCUGUGGCUCCUCCUAACAAAAAACAAAACAAAACAAAACAAAACAAA